AUGGAAAGCCAUCAAUCUGUGAGUAAGUUUGGGUUGCUCAUGGCUCUCAUUGCUUUCACUAGUGGUUCAAUCGGUACACUUGGUGAUGAUUGGCAGUGGAAUAAAGCUCACGCAACAUUUUAUGGUGACAUGGAAGGCGGAGAGACUCUGCAGGGAGCUUGUGGAUAUGAUAAUGUAAUUAAGCAAGGCUAUGGACUGGCGACAGCUGCAUUAAGCACAGCCCUAUUUAACAAUGGAGCGACCUGCGGAGCCUGUUUUGAAAUAUAUUGUGUAGAUUCACCAUGGUGUAUUAAAAAUGCUGGUUCAAUCCAAGUGACUGCCACCAAUUUCUGCCCUCCCAACUACACAAAGACUCACGACAUUUGGUGCAACCCACCCCAGAAACACUUUGACCUCUCCAUGCCAAUGUUCCUCAAAAUUGCAGCGUACAAAGCCGGGAUCGUCCCGGUUUCGUUCCGCAGAGUGGUGUGCCAAAAGAGAGGCGGUAUACAGUUUGAGCUCAAAGGAAAUCCCAACUUUUUGCUUGUGUUGGUGUUCAAUGUUGGAGGCACCGGGGAAGUGGCGGGUAUGAAGGUGAAGGGUUCAAAGACCAACUGGUUGACCAUGACUCGCAACUGGGGCCAAAAUUGGCAGACCGGGGUACCCUUGCAAGGACAGAGCUUGUCCUUCCAAGUCACUGCCAGUGAUGGUAAGAUAGUGGAGGCCGAUUUUGUUGCGCCACCAAAUUGGCAGUUUGGCCAAACAUAUCAAUCAUCUAAAAAUUUUUGGUGA